AUGCUGUCCGGCGAGCAGCUACUGGAGCAGGCUGCCAAAGAUGGCUCCAUGCUUGCGAGCGAGUGGCCGCGCGCCCUCGAAAUAGUGCUGUCGAGGCUCGAUCACAUCGUUGCCGACGAAUUUCCCACCCCGACAAUCCCGCCGCCCAUCGUCGUUGAGCGAGAACGCUCGCCGACCCCCGUCAGACCGCCGCCUCCUCCCGACCGAAUCCUGCGGAGUCAAGUCGCUACGACUGCCGACAAGGAAAACGCGCCGCCUGCCAGUAGUAGCAACACCACUCCCAACGCCGCCGCCCGAAUCACACCCUCGCCCGGCCCUUCCGCACAAGCCCUGCCCCACUCCGGCUCGCAAGACGCCAACAGCACUUCUUCUCCCACCGCUGCAGGCGCAGCCAGCGGCGACACCAACGAGGGCAACGACACGUCCUCUCCCCCGUCUUCUGGCGCAGCGACGCCGUCGACAUCAUCAUCGGCAUCGUCGUCGCUGCCGUCAGAGCUGGCGGGCCUGCACGCGUCGAUCGCGGGAGCGCUGCGGAAGCAGUUCGCAAAGGAGCCCCCGUACACGGUGCAGCGGCUGGCCGAGCUGGUGCUGCACCCGCGGGCGCACUACCGGUUCCUGCCGCCAUACCUGCGCGCGCUGGACCGCGUGGUCAGCGUGAGCAGCGCGACGACGGUGUUUCCGCUGCCGCAGGCGGCGGUGCCCACGGGCACGGGCAUCCUCAACGGCAUCACGCCGACCAGCAGCGCGACGGCGUCGGCCGUCUCCCCGUCGGCGGCCGCCCUCGGCAGCGACGAGAGCUUGGGCGGGGCGCUGCUGACGCCGAUUCCGUGGUUGCAGAACCGCGGCGGCGGCGCGGGCGGUGGGUCGUCGUCGUCGUCGGGCGGCAGCGCGAACGGGAACAACAACAACAACAACAGCGAGCUCGUCAGCGAGUGCACGGAGAUGGUGGACGGACCGAACGGCGCGGGCCGCAUCGAGACGGUGUCUGUCAUCAACGGCGCGCUUACGACGACGUCGUCGCCCGCGCCGGGCGCCGGUGCCCCGCCCGCCCCGACGGCAGGAGGCCCCUCCGCAGGCACCGCGGCAGCCGCCACCACGGCCGAAAGCUUGAGAGAGGCGGGCGCGGUGACGCAGGGCGAGCUACUGCGGCAGGAACAGGAGGCUGGCGUCGUGCCCGUCGGGCAGAGCAAUCCCAGACGAGUGCUGCUGCCCGGCUACUCCGCCUCCGCUGCCGCUGCAGCUUCGGCGGCGGAUGGCGACGAGCAGAAGGAAGGCGACGAGAUGGCAACGGGCGAGGAGAAGCAGCAGGAGGAGAUGCCCCAUGCGCGAGGCCCCGGCGAGGUGGGUGCUGAAGACGUGGGGCCCCAGCAUGAGAGCGCCGGUGGCGAAAUCAACAUGGAAGCGGCCGUGGGGAGGGCGCCGGUCGGCGCGACGAAGAAGGACGACGGAGAGGCGGGUGAGGACGACGACGGCAAGAAGCCGAAGCCCGCGCAGCCUGUGAGUCCUGAAGCGGAGAUGAAGGACGUUGACGACGAUGAGGACAACGAAGCGAAAGGUAAGCCUGGCGACGAGAAGGCGGGGGACAAGGGUGCUAAGGAAGCAGAAAAAAGGGCGGAGGAAAAGAAAGAUGACGGGAGCAAAUCUGACACGGAAAUGACGGAUUGA